UAGACACCUCCGGUCUCCUAUAAGAUAGACCUCCGCUCCGUUCCCUCUCCCAUCCAAUCAGUUUCCAAGGUAAACCAAGCGGAGAGACCAAGGUAGACGACGAUGGCGGUGUCGGUGGAGCUGCCCAAGGAGUACGGCUACGUGGUGCUCACCGUGGUGGCCUACGCCUUCCUCAACUUCUGGAUGAGCUUCCAGGUCGGCGCCGCUCGCAAGAAGUACAAGGUGUUCUACCCCACCAUGUACGCCAUCGAGUCGGAGAACAAGGAUGCCAAGCCCUUCAACUGCGUCCAGAGGGGGCACCAGAACUCGAUUGAGAUGAUGCCGCUCUUCUUCGCCACGCUACUGCUCGGUGGCCUGCAGCACCCGGUCAUCGCCGCCGUGCUGGGGCUCCUCUACACCGUCGCCAGAUUCUUCUACUUCAAGGGCUACGCCACCGGCGUCCGGGAAAGCCGCCACAAGCUUGGGUAUAUUUGCUUUUCGGUCAGCGAUGAUUCAGAUGAGGAUGGCGUCCAAAUCAGAUCACCAUGUGGACGUGAACAAGCAAUAGAGACCCACUUGAUUUCCAGCAUGUUUUACUACUAGUUUCUUAGGAAAUUCUUAGUCCUGGGAAUUUUACAUGCCAUUUGAUUUCGUUGAUAUAUGAUCCUAGUACUCCCUAUGAUCUUUUUUAGUCUGCAUAUGAGUUUUGACCGGAGAUGAAGUAUCUCUACUGUGACCAAAUACGUAGAGAAAAUUAUCAACAUUCACCAUGCCAAGUCAAUAUUGUUAGCUUCAUUAUGAAAUGUAGUUUCAUAGUAUACAUAUUUGGCAUUGUAAAUAUUGAUAUUUUUUAAUAUAAAUUUGGUCAAACUCUACAAUGUUUGACUUGACCAAAAUCUAAGGCUAGUCAUAUUGGGGAGUAACUUAGAGUAGUGUCAUGCAUAUGACAUUAGUGUUUGUUACUACCUUCAUAGUGCAAGGUAACAUACAAGUAGUAUCAUAGAUGAUAGCAUUUAUUACAUCAUAGAUUCAUUUUGCUUUGGGUUGCGUUAUGUUACAGUAACCUAUUAUGUUACUCGAAACACCUCUCUCCUCGUUAACUCUAUACCACAUAAGCAAACUUGUUUUGAAAUGCGCUGUGUUACUUGUUAAGUUACUCUCACUAUGACCAGCCUAAUACACGAAGUAAAAAAGACAGGAGGAAGUCUUAGUCAACCACACUCAACUCAUUAAUGCAGUGAGUAGGUCAGAACAAGUUCUCGGCAUGGUGCAAUUCAUAUAGGUGAACCUUGGUAGGUACCGGUAUGUGAAGAUUCAUUCUUAUCUCAAAAGAAAAGGGCGAGAUGGAGAUCCAUUCGCAUUGCAUCAUAAAGUAGGGCCAUGAAUUUUUUUUGAAACCCUCAAAGUUUAUUGCUCAUCAAAUGAGUUACAUCAUGUAGUACAACGGACAACAAGAACCAGCGUGGGUCACCAUCCCAAAUUAAAUCUAACUUAAGAUCAUAAGAAAUUUUUGCCCAUUGAUGGGCAUGAUAAUUGGAUGUGCUGGUGCAAUCCUACCUAAGCUUAUGUCCUAUGUCAACCACUCCGGUUUCAUGCAUGGUAACUAGGAGCAAAGUCGUGAGCUCUGAAUUGAGUGAAAAUGGUUGACUUGAACCAAAUUUGCAGCUUGUGAUGCCGAAUAACAUGACCAAAUGACAAAUACUAGAAGGAUUUCAUUCUCUUUUUUGUCCAGUCAGUUCUCAUUUUUCGUCGAAGCGGUUCUGAUCUUGUCGAUUUCCUUU